CCGGCUGCUGCCUAGAGAGCCAGACACAGAGCAGGAGGCAGAGGCAGGAGCGUAGCUGAGGCUGACACGAGAGGUGGGGGAUUCGGCCCCAGACAGAGGAGAGGCGCGAGCAGGCGGUGGGUUCUGGGACGAGGCGGCCCCAGAGCCUGACAGCGGGGCACUUGGCCAGAGAAGAGACUUGACAAGCUGACAGGCCCCAGCCAAGAGCUCCUUCAGCCAGCCCCGAGGGGCUAUUGCCUGGGAAAGCUGCCCUGGCCACACCCUGCCACCAACUGCCAGGAAAGGGGCUGACAUCCCACUUGUGUGCAUCUGGCCGGCUCAGUGGUGGUGAUUUUGCCGCUUCUUCCUGUUUUCAUCUGCUGCAAAGAGGGUCGUGGCGAGAGUGUCAUCCGCUUCAUCAGCUGGAUCUUUUGCAACGAGGCUGUUGGGAAGGUGCCCCACGUGCCUAGAGAAAGUUCAGGAGCAGCCCAAAAGCCAGGUGGCUUGAGCAACCAGCUUCUCUUCCCAAAAGGAAAUUGCAAGGCAAGAUGACUGAGAACUCUGCUGCAGCACCUGCUGCCAAACCUAAGCGCUCCAAGGCGGCCAAGAAGUCGACAGACCAUCCCAAGUACUCUGACAUGAUAGUGGCUGCCAUUCAGGCUGAAAAGAGCCGAGUCGGCUCCUCCCGUCAGUCCAUCCAGAAAUAUAUCAAGAGCCAUUACAAAGUGGGGGAGAAUGCGGACUCCCAAAUCAAGUUGUCCAUCAAAAGGUUAGUGACAACAGGUGUUCUGAAGCAGACCAAAGGGGUUGGUGCCUCUGGCUCGUUCCGCUUGGCUAAGGGUGAUGAGCCCAAGAAAGCCCCAGUGAAGAAGGCCAAAAAGGAAGUCAAGAAGGCUACAACGCCCAAGAAGGCAGCAAAGCCUAAAAAGGCUGCUGCCAAGUCACCAGCCAAGAAGCCCAAACCUGCGGCAAAGAAAGCCAAAAAGAAGCCAGUGGCUGCUCCAAAGAAAGCCAAGAAGCCAAAGACUGUCAAAGCCAAGCCAGUGAAGGCAUCAAAGCCUAAAAAGGCAAAAGCAUCAAAACCCAAAGCAAAGUCCAGUGCAAAGAAGUCAGCCAAGAAAAAGUGAAGUACACACUUGGGAUCUUUUCUUGGACAUUCUUCUUGACCUGUAUUCUGUAAAUAGAUUUCUCCUUUAUUCUCUACGCCUUUCUAUUGCAGCUUUAUAAAGACUGAACUAUUUCCUCCCUACAAUAGUUUAAAUAAUCCAUUACUUUUUUCUGUAUGGAAAGCUCCAUUUUGGGUUUGCAUUUUGUUUUCAUUUGUAAUGUUACAAGAUAUCUGUCUUCAGCUUGCUUCCCUUUCCCCUUCUUCCCCCAGGUAUGCAAUCUACUUGUGUUUUUGGGCAUGAGAUAAGAACAGAUUGGAUAAGGGGGGGAUGAAUAUCCUAUAUGCUCCUAUUGCGUAGAAGGAAUUUUAGAAAUAAUGUGCUAAGAAGGAUACAUAUUAUGGAUCCUCUUGACCAACACCACUUAAAAGAAGGGUUUGAGAAACAUUGUCACAUUGGAAGCUUUCAGUGACACUGUAGCAUAAUUAUUAAAGAACAAAAUUAGCCUUUCCUAAACAAAUAAAAUUCUGAAUACAUGCAGGAUGGUGUGUUUCUCUUUAGUGCUGGUAAAAGGGGUGGAAGGGUUGAGGUUAAGCUUUCCAUUGACUUUCUUCAUUCAGAGGAAGAGGAAUGGGUGCUGUGAUUUUUGGAAGAUUUUUAAAAAGUGAGAUCAGUGAAAAAUUUUGCAAAUAUUUGGAUUUUCUAUGUUUUUAAAAAAACUGUUGGUGAAACACCCUGAAGGGGGAUAGUGUGAAUAUUUAAUUCCCUUUCUCCUCCCAAAUAAAUUAGAACUAGGUGUCAUCUUCAUUUCUAGACUCUGGUCACCAGGUCAGUCCUGACAACUCUUAAGGAAGGUGUUCUGAAAACCGUCCUUUCUCUGCAGCGCAUGAAGUCAUGUAACGGGAUUCUCUGAGUGCUUCCCAGCCCUGCAGUGGCUGGUUCCUAAUCCACAGCUUUUGUGUUUAGAGUCUCAUGUCUACAGUGCAGCCCCCUCCUUGGCAAUCUUUACUUUUGAAACAUUGGGUUUCUAUCUGGGCCAAGGGUGGGAAGAAUGAAUGUGGAAGGUGAUGGAAAUGUAGCCAAUAUUGAAUCUACUAAAGUAGCUUUUUGAAGCUGUGUACAAUUACUGCUUAGGUCUGAGAUGGUUUAAUUUUCCAAGGGGGCAAGUG